UCAGAGAGCAGCCAGAGAGGAGAGAGGUGAAUAGAGGAAGGCAGUCUAGCUGUCCUAGGUGCAGAAAAGGUCAACUACAGAUCAAAACAGGGCCAGGCUAGGCAGGUGCCCACUGCCAGCCUGUGAAGAAGCCAAGAGAUUGUGAGACUGUCAAGGACUUCAGUGGAAUGAAGGAGGAGGAAAGGAGUCAUUGUAUGGCCCAGUUAGUGAACUAGGAAAUUCAGACUCAACCUAGACAGUCUCAGGGAUUCAGGGACCAUGAGGCUGGAGGAAAAGCUGGAACACAGUGAGAGCCUUGUUGGAAAGAGUCGGCCAUGUCUCCAUGACACACACCAGGCCAACGGAAAAGCAAUAGCAAAUGGGAAACUGAGAGCAAAUGGGAAAGCAGAGAUCCAUGAAAAGCAGGAGGCAAACGGCAAGGGCGACAGGCUCAGGAGAUGUCUCAACCUGUACACCUGGCAGGAGAUCCAGAGACACAAUCAGGAGGCCGACCAGUGGCUGGUGAUUGAUCGCAAGGUUUACAAUGUGACUGACUGGGCCGGCAAGCAUCCAGGUGGGCAUCGGGUCCUCAACCACUAUGCUGGGGAAGAUGCCACGGAUGCCUUCAGGGCCAUGCACCUGGAUCUGAGCAUUGUGCAGCGGUACCUUAAGCCACUGCUCAUUGGAGAACUUUCUCCAGAAGAGCCCAGCCAGGAGAAAAACAAAAAUCCACAGCUGGUAGAAGAUUUCCGUGAAUUGCGCAAGACAUUAGAGGCCAUGAACAUGUUCAGUGCCAACCUAGGAUUCUUCUUUCUCCACCUUGCCCAGAUCUUGAUUUUGGAAGUCUUAGCAUGGCUAAUACUACGUCAUUUUGGCAAUGGCUGGACUGUUACAAUACUCAUUUCCUUUAUUCUCACAGUUUCUCAGGCUCAAAGCUCAUUUUUACAACAUGACAUAGGACACCUUUCCAUGUUUAAGAAGUCUAAGUGGAAUCACCUGAUGCACAAAUUUGUAAUGUGUCAUCUCAAGGGCCUGUCUGUUGGCUGGUGGAAUUAUCGACACUUCCAACAUCAUGUAAAACCAAAUAUCUACCCCAAGGAUCCAGACAUUGAUGUGGGACCCCUUUUCCUGCUUGGAGAUACUCAGCCUAUCAAGUAUGGCAAGAAGAAAAUAAAAUACAUUGAUUAUGAGAAGCAGCACCUAUACUUCUACAUGGUUGCACUUCCUCUACUGAUGCCCGUCUACUUCAAUUUCCAAUCCAUGCAAGUGAUGUACCUUCGAAAGUACUGGGCGGACAUUGCUUGGGUUAGCAGCUUUUACAUUCGAUAUUUCGUCACAUUUGGCCCUUUCUAUGGAAUUUUUGGAACGGUGUUGCUCAUAUAUUUGGUCAAGCUUAUUGAGAGCCCCUGGAUUGCCUACGUUACCCAGAUGAGCCACAUCCCAAUGAAAAUGAGCAGAGAAGAGAACCUUGACUGGCUCAGCACUCAGAUUGUGGCCACCUGUAAUAUUGAACAGUCCUUUUUCAAUGACUGGUUCACUGGACAUUUGAACUUCCAAAUUGAACACCAUCUCUUCCCCACAAUGCCACGCCAUAAUUACCACAAAGUGGCCCCAAUGGUGAAGUCUCUGUGUGACAAGCAUGGACUGCAGUAUAUAAAUAAGCCCAUAUUGAAGGCAUUUGGAGAUAUUGUCAGGUCUUUGAAGAAGUCUGCUGCCCUCUGGAUGGAUGCUUACUAUGAAUGAUGCAGAACUUUGCACUUAUUGGUAUCUCUGAAAGGGGUGGUGGCUGUGCAAGAGCUCUUCUCUGAUUUACUAAAAAUUAACCAGCAACAUUGGCAUACGUGAGUGUGCCAGGAAUGUGAAUCCCAAGGACACUUUUUACCCUCUCCCUGAAGGUAUUAUCUGGAACUGAAAGGAAGAAGAAAAACAAGGUGACUUUGGUCCGAAUAACAAAAGGGAAAUGGUAGCUCACCGUUUCUACUUUUUCAUUAGGGUUUUGGACUUAGUUCCAAUAGACCUCAUUGAGAUUGUUUCUAUGAGGGGCAUAAGAUGAUGUGGACAUAAGCAAAAAUGUAAAAAGUAAAGAUGUCUAACAGAGCCCACUAAAAGUCAGUGUAAUUAUUCUUAGGAGAAAAUUGUUUAUUUAAGACAUCAGUGGUGAAAUACAAAUUUUUUGUUUAUUUCCUUUCAAGUAGGUUAACUUUUUCAAAAAUUGAUUAUAAUUAACAUUAAAAUACCUUCACAAGUUUGGACUCUAGGU